AACCAGUCAUCAAAGUUAUUAUUUAAAGUAUUGAAGGGAAAAGUUGCAAAUCCCUAUCAAAACCGUAGUGGUUUUAAUAGGGAUAAACCUAGAAUCAAUAUCGUUUCUGAUGUAAUUAUUAGACCUGCUAAUUCAAAAUUAAUCAAAAAUGAUGAGACACAAUUUGAACAAUUUGCCAAGUCGUCUUUAAAUCAAUCUUUGAGGGAAGAUUGUCUUGAAGAGGAUGUGAUUGAAUGUAGUCAGUUAAGUGUGAAAGAGAAGCAAUUAGCUAAUCACGCUGUUGCUAAUAUUGUUCAAAUCGUUGAUGAGGAUGAUGAUGAUUCUAUGGUUAUUCCUUCAUCACAAUCUGAUAGUGAAUUAUCGUUUUCUUUACCAUUCACGCAAUACCUGGCUCAACAUGGUAUUGAAAAUGAUUAUUCGGACGACAUCUCGUUGACCUUAAUAGACCAGUUUAUUAACGAAGACGAGGCGGCGUUCAAUCCGGUUGUGGAUGAAGGAACUUGUCCCAUCAAUAAUUCGAUUACCGAUGAGUUAAAUGUAUUUGAUAAUGAUAUGGUGGUGGUGGUGGAAGAACCCCCAAUCUCUCCCAGUCCACCACUACCACCACAAAGCCCCUUCGUUGAGCCAGUGUUUACCCGCCCCGUUACACUAACAUCUCCUGAAGCGGCACCCGCGAUAUUAACUCAACCCCCUAUGAUAAUAUCGCAGGACAUCAUUGACGCUUUAUCGGAGCCUUGGGUUGAGGUGGAAAACAUUAUCAAUGGUAACGUUGAACAUCCCCCUCAACCUAAUUCACCGAUUAUUGAGGAAAAUGAUGUUCUGCCAGAGAGAUUGGUGGUGGUAGAGGCCGAAAAUAACAUCAUUCGGUCACCACAACCAUCACCACCACCGUCACCCAUAAUAUUAUCACAGGGCGUCAAUGACAUGCAACAACCAUCUGUCAUUGACGCACUGGCAGAGCCGUGGGUUGAAGAGAGGAGGCAGGGUGAAGAGAUGGAUGUUGAAAAUGACAUCAUUCAACCCUCUCAAUUGUCACCCAUUCUAGGGCAAAUAAAUAAUAGGAUUGAGAAUAGGGUGGAGGGUGGAGACGAUGACGACGACGAAGACAUCAUUCCACCCACUCCCCCUCACUCACGAUCAAGGAGGCGUCGGCGCCCUAGAAAGCCUCGUAGACGUUCGCGAAAGUCCCCAUUAAUAUUAAUUAUUAAUAAUUAUAAUAUUAAUAUUAAUAAUGUUAAUAUUAAUAAUUAAUAUUAAUAAAUCCUAUUUCCAUCCUACACUCAUAUCAAGUACAUUUAAUUCGGACGCGAUUUUCCAAAUUUUAACAUCAUACUACCGACAACACGAUGGCAAGCAUGCUGCUCCUCCUCGAGGUCUUGCUGGAUACCUAUCUCUGAACACAAAAAAAUAUAUAUUUAUAUAGUAUAAAUAAAAGUCAUUCAAAGAUAGUAACAGAAGGCAGCAAAUUUAUAAUUAAACUUUGUUAGUAACCUGUUUAAUUUAUUGAUUUAUAUUUUCAUAAGAAAAUGCAUCACUGUGAAAACUGUAAUAAACAAUUUACAACCCGUCAAUCACGACUACGCCACGAAAAGCUCUAUUGUCAAGUGGUCAAAAAACAGGAAAAUGGAGGACCGGCCGCAAAAAAACAGAAAAUAUGUCAUUCAACUGCUAGCAACAAUUAUAUGUGCGUUACAUGUAAUCAAGAAAUUGCUCCAAAGCUUAUUACGGCCCAUGAGAGAAGUAGACAGCAUAGAAAUAAUUGUCAAACUACUCCCUUGGAGAAUGGGGUGUUUGCACUCAGCAGUGCAUUUAAAUCACGCAUCGCUUCGUAUAGGAUUUGUGAUGAGGGCGAUUAUAUCGAUUUAAAUGAAUUUAUGGAUAAAAUUCACAAUAAAUUACUUAGACUUAUUGUUUCACAAAUUGAAAAAUUUAGUACAAUCAAAAUUAAUUUGGAAUUAUUUGGAUUGUAUACCAUUGAGUCAAAAAAUAUAUUUGAUGUAAAAUCUUUCAAUACUACUAACAGAAUUGUCACUUUAGGCACGAAUAUUAGGAAUAUGUUGCAUGACUUUCAAGAAGUUAUUAGUCAAAAAAUGAUGGAUUUUUUGGAACGAGAUUCAGGCUGGACACUUGUGAAAAUCUUACAUUUAGAAUUAAAUGUAAACUAUUACAAUCCAUUGAAAGCUUCAUCGUAUAUCCCACUACCGCCAAGCGUGAAAAUGAAGAGGGCAAUAGUUAAUGUUCAAAAUCAGGAUAUUCAUUGUUUUGGUUGGAGUGUCGUAGCAGCAGUGUGUCUACCUAUGGGACCAGAACAUUUGCCCAGUUCAUAUCCACAUUGGUCGACACUUUUUAAUUUCCAAGGUAUUGAAUUUCCUGUAAAACUGGAUAGUAUUGCAAAAUUUGAAAGUCAAAAUAAUGUCUCUAUUAAUGUUUACGGACUUGAAUUACUUUAUGUAAACAAUAAGGUAAAAUUUGAAAUUGUGGGACCAUUAUAUUUUACAAACUUUAAGAAACCGGUACACAUAAAUUUAUUAUUGUUGAGUGAUAACGAUGGUAAUCAACAUUACUGUACAAUAACUAAUUUGCCACGUUUAGUAUCUUCCCAACUCUCAAAACAUCAUCAUUCAAAAUAUUUCUGUGAUGGAUGUCUACAAUAUUUCACAACCCAAGCUUUAUUAGAUAGACAUUCUUCGACUGAUUGUGGAAAACUUUAUGCUAGAAUCCCAAAUAAUGAAUUAAUAACAAAUAGAUUUGGUUAUAAUGUUCCCGCUAAUGUAUUAGAAUUUCAAAAUUAUCAUCAUAAAAUGACUAUUCCAUUUAUUGUUUAUGCUGAUUUCGAAUGUUUAUUGAAACCUAUGAGUACAGUUGCACCAAAUCCAAAUCAAUCAUUUUCGAUAAAAACUUUUCUCCAUCAACCAUAUUCAUGUGCAUAUUACAUUAAAUGUUCAUAUAACGAUCAAUUAUCUAAAUUCCAAAGUUUUCGAGGACAGUCAUCUGUGGCUGACUUUAUUACAGCAUUAGAAAUAGAUUUGAUAGAGAUUUAUAAAAAGUAUUUAAGUAUUGUACAACCAAUGCUUCCAUUAACUAUUCAAGAAGAGUUUGAUUAUCUUACAGCAACGGAAUGUCAUAUUUGUCAAAAACCUUUUCAACAGAAUGAUAUUAAAGUAAAAGAUCACUGUCAUUUAACGGGUCGUUAUAGGUCCGCCGCGCACAGUAAUUGUAACUUGAAUUUUCAAAUUCCAAAUUUUAUUCCGAUAGUAUUUCAUAAUUUAACAAAUUAUGAUAGUCACUUAUUCAUUAAAGAGUUGGCCCUUGAAGAAAGUGAAAUUAAUAUUCUUGGUAAAACUAAAGAGAAAUAUAUUACAUUUUCGAAAAAAAUUUGUGUAGGCGAAUAUCUAAAUUCAAACAAUCGAAUAGUCAAGGAGCACUUACACUUGCGUUUUAUAGAUAGUUUUCAGUUUUUGGCAUGUUCAUUAGAAAAACUGGCAGCAGCCUUGGAUGAUGCUCAAUGUAUGGAAGUAAAACGAUACUUUCCCGUUGACAGAGAAUUUCAGUUAAUUAGACAGAAAGGGGUUUUUCCAUAUUCAUUUAUCGAUGAUUUUUCUAAAUUAGAUCUCACGGAAUUACCACAAAAAAUUGAUUUUUACGAUAAACUUCGCGAUGAGCAUAUUUCUGAAGAUGAUUAUCAACGAGCUAAUACCGUAUGGAAUACAUUCCAUUGUCAGACUCUAGGCGAAUAUUCUGAUCUCUAUUUAAAAAGUGAUAUUUUGCUAUUAGCUGAUGUCUUUGAGAAUUUUCGAAACAUGUGCCUUAAGCAUUAUGAACUUGAUCCAGCACAUUACGUGACAGCACCAUCUCUUAGUUGGAAUGCUAUGCUUAAAUUUACCCAUGUAAAAUUAGAAUUAUUGACUGAUAUAGAUAUGUUGCAUUUUUUCAAAAAAGGGAUUCGUGGGGGAGUUAGUACAUGUGUUAAACGAGCGGCUCAAGCAAAUAAUAAAUUUCUUCCAAAUUAUGACCCUUCGAAACCGACAUCAUACAUUUUAUACCUCGAUGCAACAAAUCUCUAUGGUUGGGCUAUGAGUGAAGUACUCCCUUUAGGUGGAUUUACUUGGCUAACGCAAGACGAAAUUAAUUCACUUAGUAUUAUGGAUUUGACUGAUACCACACCUGAAGGUUAUGUCCUUGAAGUAGAUAUCUCUUAUCCUCAUCAUUUACACAACUCUCAUAAUGAUAUGCCAUUUCUACCUGAAAAUUUAAUUCCACCAAACGGAAAAUGUGCUAAACUCAUUCCAAAUCUAUGUGCUAAAACAAACUACAUAAUACACUAUCGAAAUUUAAAACAAGCUCUACAAAAUGGACUAGAAUUGACAAAAAUUCAUAGAGUACUAAAAUUCAAUCAAUCGUCAUGGCUCAAACCAUAUAUUGAUUUAAAUACGAAAUUACGAAAUCAGACUAAAGAUAAGUUUGAAAAAGAUUUAUUUAAACUCAUGAAUAAUAGUGUGUAUGGAAAAACCAUGGAAAAUGUCGAUAAUCGGGUAGAUAUUAAACUGGCUACACAUUGGAAAAAGAACGGUCACAAGUAUGGAGCAGAGACAUGGAUAGCCAAACCACAAUUUAAAAAUUGUUCUAUUUUUACUGAAAAUUUAGUUGCAAUAGAAAUGAAUAAAGUUCAAGUAACGUAUGAUAAACCUAUUUAUGUAGGAUUCAGUAUAUUGGAAAUUUCAAAAACUUUAAUGUAUGACUUUUUUUAUAAUUUCCUUAAAGUUAAGUAUGGAAAUAAUGUACAGCUUUUGUAUACGGAUACGGAUUCAUUAAUUUUAGAAAUUUAUACGGAAAACGUAUAUAAUGAUAUUAAGCAGAAUAUUGAUCGGUUUGAUACUUCAAAUUAUCCCGAGAAUAAUAUUCAUGAUAUUCCUAAAACUGUGUCUAUUAUCGGUAAAAUGAAAGAUGAGUAUGCUGGUGUACCAAUUGUACUACUUUAUGGCACCGGUGCCAAAGCAUAUUGUGUGCAAACAGUGAAUGAUUUAAUUAAAAAGGCUAAAGGUGUAAGUAAACAUGUAAUUGAUAAAUCUCUAACACUGUUACAAUAUCGGGCAAUUGCAACAAAUCCUUCAUCUUCAUCAGUUUUCUGUGUUAUGAACGUUUUCAAAUCUUAUUUACAUAAUAUGUAUACCGAAUUAAGGAAUAAAAUAGCACUGUCUAAUUUCGAUGAUAAACGAUACAUUUUAGGUAAUUCAAUUGACACAUUAGCCUGGGGACAUUACGAUAUUGAUAGAGAUCGAAAUUUAGAUUCUCUAAUUAGAGAAUUGCAAAAAUAUGUGGAACCCACUGAUUGAAUUUUACCUUAUUGUAGAUAUGUAACGAUAUGUAACCAUUUAUUUAUACUACAUAGUUAUUAUUAUUAUUAUUAUGUAUUUAUAAUUGAUGUAAUGUGUAAAGUAUUUUUAUUUGUAUUUUGUAAGUCAACAAUGAAACUUGUGCAACAAAAAGAUUUAUUAAAAAUUUCUAAUCACGA